UGCGCACAAUGUCUGAUCGAAGUAUCUUGGCAACAGCUAGCUAAUGUGAAGUGAUGCUGUCAAAUUGAAUGAUAUCAGGAGUAGAAUAGAUCGUCAAUCACCAUGGAGAUCGUGUACGUGUACACGAAGAAGAGGAAUGAGUUUGGGCGACAGUGUAACUUCUCUGAUCGUCCUGCAGAGCUCCACGUUGAUAUCCUUCCAGAUGAGAGCCUUCUAUCAAAUUUCAUUGAAAAGAACCCGGUAGACAGAGGGAUACAAUGUGUGCAAGAAAUGUCAGAACACGAGAUAAACACAGAGCGGUUUGAGACGGACAGUAGAGGUAUCAACCAUGCGGAAGGAGGCUGGCCCAAAGACAUUAACCCACAGGAGGUGGAGCAGGUCCUGAGGUUCAGGAAAAAAGUGGAGAAAGACGAGUCUUACGUCACAACCAUCCAGAACCUGUCCAGUUUCAUGGAACACACAAUCAAACAAAACAAUGCAAUUGACAUCUAUGAAGACUACUUUGCGGACCUAGAGAUAGAGGAGGUAGAGGAAACACCGUCAGCUAAAACCAUCAAUGUCUUCAGAGAUCCUAAUGAGAUCAAGAGACCAGCCACUCACUUGUCAUGGUACCCUGAUGGGCCAAAGAAACUUGCUGUAGCAUACUCAAGUCUGGAGUUCCAGAAGUCAUCCGCAGAAACCAGCAUGGAUUCAUAUAUCUGGGACAUAGAGAACCCCAACAAGCCAGAGUUUGUGCUGAAGCCAGUGUCACCCUUAGUCUGCCUAGAAUACAAUCCUAAAGAUGUCCAUAUUCUCAUAGGUGGUUGCUACAAUGGGCAAGUUGCAUUCUGGGACACGAGAAAAGGUUCCCAAGCCGUUGAGAUGUCACCGGUAGAACACAGUCAUCAUGAUCCAGUCUAUAAGACCAUCUGGCUUCAAUCCAAGACAGGAACAGAAUGCUUCUCGGCCUCAACAGAUGGACAAGUUCUCUGGUGGGAUAUGAGAAAGCUUGGAGAACCGACAGAAAAACUCAUCAUGGACCCCUCCAAGAAGGGCAAGAUGGAGAACGCACAAGGGGUCAUCUCAUUAGAAUAUGAACCUACCAUUCCAACCAAAUUUAUGGUGGGUACAGAGCAGGGUACGAUCAUCUCCUGCAACCGCAAAGCCAAGACACCUCCAGAGAAGAUAGUAGCCAUCUACAAGGAGCACAUCGGUCCGGUGUAUGCACUCCAGAGGAAUCCCUUCUUCCCCAAGAACUUCUUGACUGUUGGUGACUGGACGGCUAGGAUCUGGUCAGAAGAUAUCAGGGACUCAUCAAUUAUGUGGACCAAGUACCACAUGUCAUAUCUUACCGAUGGUUGUUGGAGUCCAGUCAGACCAGCCGUGUUCUUCACAACCAAGAUGGACGGCUCCCUUGACGUAUGGGAUUAUCUCUUCAAGCAGAAGGACCCGACUCUGAGUCUGCAGGUCAGUGAUGAUGCUCUACACAGCCUUCGAGUGCAGGACCAGGGUCGCCUGAUUGCUACCGGUUCUAACAGCGGAACCACCACCCUCCUGGAGCUCUCCAGCGGGCUCUGUACCAUGCAGCGCAACGAGAAGGCUCUGGUCACCGCCAUGUUUGAGAGGGAGACUAAGAGGGAAAAGAUCCUGGAGUCGAGGCAGAGGGAGCUCAAGCUAAAGAGACAAGGAGCCAGUGCUCAAGGAGGCAAUGAGGAUGAUGGAGAAGCAGCACAGGAUGAAGAGGAAGAUCUGGUGGCAGAGGCAGAGAAGGAGUUCUUCACCAUCGUACAGGCGGACAAGAAGAAGUUUGCUGCUCAACAGGCCAAGCUUUCGGAGCAAGAUAACAAGAUCAUUGAAGAGGCAGAGGAUGAGAAUGGGAGUGAAAAGAAGGACACCGAAAAUGGAGAGAAAGAGGACAACUAAAUGGAAAUCAGAGAUUUCCUGACUCUGUCAAUGCGUGACAUGGAGACUACCAACAUCUUUUUGGUAAAGUGUUCAACAUCCCGAGCUGCAGCUGUCUCUGCUACUGUUUAUUCUGAUUCCUACUUUGUUACGUCAAGAAACAGUUAUGACUUAAUAUCAAAAGGCAGACGUACCGGUGUUGGAUAACUAAUGUAAUCGAGGCCUAGUAACGUAAAAAUCAAUUGCAUAGAUCUAUAGUAGCUCUAGCCUUGCUGCAAUUAAUCAUAUCUUAACAUGCAUUGUAUCUAUCUGUAAGUCGUUACUAUUUGUUGCACAGAUAUAAUUGUUUGAACGAGAUGUGAUUAAUUUGAAAUAGCUAUAAUUGAUUUUAACUUUUAUGUUACAGGGCCCACAUUCUGUAAAGUCUGGUAACAAACGAAGAGAAAGCAAUGGAUGGAUUAUUUUCAAAAUUUAAAAAGACAGGAGGUAAUGAUAGACUUAUAGAAAUACUUGGUUAUUUUCUUACAAAUUUAUCCAUAUUAUCCCAACUUACAAUCUAGAAAUUGUGCUUUGAUAUCUUAAACUCUAUUCCAUUGUACAUGUACCUAUUUGUCAUCAGUUAUGUUGCUGUGUAGCCGUCCAUGUUUUACAAAUCUAUACAAUAUCCAUGCCCUGUUGCCUCCUUUGCUUCAAGGGGAUUUUGAGUCGAUUGCUAUCGAUGCAGCCAUGCUUUGUUCUACAUUGGAACGAGGUGGAUAGAUUUUGGUCAAAAUAAUUUGCCUCAUUUGAUCUCGGUAAGACUAAUUGUAUUCUAUCAUAGGAUUUUACACCUAUUAAUUUUGUAUUGAAUUUCUUGCGAGGUUGUCUAAGAAGCAGGGAUUUCAACUUUGUUUUGGAAACCUGUAUUUUCCAAGUUUAUGUGGUGAAUAUGCAUGUGUUGUGUGGUUUCAUCUCAAACUUUCAGCACAAUCAUCAUUAUUUACUUUUCAGAAGGGUAAAAAGUUAAUAAUUUUAUCUGCUAAAAGUUGAAAGUUACAUUUUUGUAAAAAUCAUCAUUGUUAAAUUGCAUUUCAGGGUCUUGUCAAAGAAAUACAUUAGGUUUUACGCUUGGCACGAUUAUUUAAUGUUAAAACAGAUGAACGGCAGUGUUUUCCUCAAUAUUUAUUUUCAGUGCAUUUAUCUAUAGUGAUUUCAAUUCUUCGUAUAAUUUUACAUAUUUGACAUAAAAAAGUAAUGCAGGGAUAUGUGGUAUAUGAAACUCCUUUCCAGGUGAAAUGCACCAAAUCCACUAGCUAAUUUGUCUUUUUAAAACAUUUUGAACAUUUUCAAGACAGUAAACUUAACACAAUUUUUAUGAAAACAUCCUAAACAAACUCACUUUCCCAAAUUAUUUUUGGAAAUUGGGGAAAACAAAACACAGCAAUCUCAUGAAUCAUUGUAUGGGUCUAGGAUUGAUGUGUUUUUUUUUCUUUCAAAGGGAAAUUUCAGUGGUCAGUCUUUGGUUUCCCCAAAAAAGCAAAAAUAGAGAUAAAUAUUUUAGAUUCAUCAGAAUAUUACAAAUUAUCAUAGAAAUAUAUGUUGACAGUAAGCCAACAUUCAAAAUUGUGGAGACUUACAAAAUAUAAAAUAUUAGAAAAAAAAAGAUAUGCAGUGACUUAAUAUUUUUCCCUAUAUUGUAAAUAAAAAUCCACAAAGAAUAUUUUGGAGUUCUAGUUUGAGAGCUGUGCCUUUGUCAUUGUACAGCCUUAUAUUUGUAACCCUGUACAGAUUGAAAUUGUAUCACAUUAUAUUGUACUCAAUAUGAAAUGUACAUGUGUAUAUUUGUUCUAAAUAAAUGUGUUUUAUAACUUAAA